GGGCCCGCCUCCGAGAAAGACUGCCGGGCGCAUGCGGCCGGGGUCGGUCACUGGCUGCCGGGACUUUAGAGUGUGCGUCUCCGGCCUGGCUCUGCCCUGACGGGAGGAUCAGAAGCCGGCCGCAGGUCAAAAGGUAAAAUGAAGUACAUUCUGGUUACUGGCGGGGUGAUAUCAGGAAUUGGAAAAGGAAUCAUUGCUAGCAGUGUGGGCACAAUACUGAAGUCGUGCGGCUUACACGUGACGUCCAUUAAAAUCGACCCCUACAUUAACAUCGACGCAGGAACGUUCUCUCCAUAUGAGCACGGCGAGGUUUUUGUGCUGGAUGAUGGGGGGGAGGUAGACCUGGACCUGGGUAACUACGAACGCUUCCUCGACAUCCGCCUCACCAAGGACAACAACUUGACCACCGGCAAGAUCUACCAGUAUGUCAUCAACAAGGAACGCAAAGGAGACUACUUGGGGAAAACCGUCCAAGUUGUCCCUCACAUCACAGAUGCAAUCCAGGAGUGGGUAAUGAGACAGGCCUUAAUACCUGUGGACGAAGAUGGCCUUGAACCUCAAGUGUGUGUCAUUGAGCUCGGUGGCACCGUGGGGGAUAUAGAAAGCAUGCCCUUUAUCGAGGCCUUCCGGCAGUUCCAGUUCAAGGUCAAGAGAGAGAACUUCUGUAAUAUCCACGUCAGCCUAGUUCCUCAGCCAAGUUCAACAGGGGAACAGAAGACUAAACCCACUCAAAACAGUGUCCGGGAGCUGAGGGGACUUGGCCUUUCACCCGACCUGGUUGUGUGCAGGUGCUCAAAUCCCCUUGACACGUCAGUGAAGGAGAAAAUAUCCAUGUUCUGCCAUGUGGAACCUGAACAGGUGAUCUGUGUCCACGAUGUCUCAUCCAUUUACCGUGUCCCCUUGCUGUUGGAGGAGCAGGGGGUUGUAGAUUAUUUUCUUCGAAGACUGGACCUUCCUAUUGAGAGGCAGCCACGGAAAAUGCUGAUGAAGUGGAAGGAGAUGGCUGACAGGUAUGACCGCUUGCUCGAGACUUGCUCCAUUGCCCUCGUGGGCAAAUACACCAAGUUCUCGGACUCGUAUGCCUCUGUCAUCAAGGCUCUGGAGCACUCGGCACUGGCCAUCAACCACAAACUGGAAAUCAAGUACAUAGACUCCACGGACCUGGAGCCGAGCACCCUGCAGGAGGAGCCUGUGCGCUACCACGAGGCCUGGCAGAAGCUCUGCAGCGCUCAUGGAGUGCUGGUUCCAGGAGGAUUUGGUGUUCGAGGAACAGAAGGAAAGAUCCAGGCAAUCUCCUGGGCUCGGAAACAGAGGAAGCCUUUUUUGGGUGUGUGCCUAGGAAUGCAGUUGGCAGUGGUGGAAUUUUCAAGAAAUGUGCUGGGAUGGCAAGAUGCCAAUUCUACAGAGUUUGAUCCUAAGACCAGUCACCCUGUGGUCAUAGACAUGCCCGAACACAACCCCGGGCAGAUGGGCGGCACCAUGAGGCUGGGCAAGAGGAGAACCCUGUUCCAGACCAAGAACUCGGUCAUGAGGAAGCUCUAUGGAGACGCAGACUUCCUGGAGGAGCGGCACCGCCACAGGUUCGAGGUGAAUCCAGUCCUCAAAAAGUGUCUGGAAGAGCAGGGCUUGAAGUUCGUCGGCCAAGACGUUGAAGGAGAGAGAAUGGAGAUCGUGGAGUUGGAAGAUCAUCCUUUCUUUGUCGGCGUGCAGUACCACCCCGAGUUCCUGUCGCGACCCAUCAAGCCCUCCCCGCCGUACUUCGGCCUCCUGCUGGCCUCCGUGGGGCGGCUCCCGCAUUACCUCCAGAAAGGCUGCAGGCUCUCGCCCAGGGACACCUACAGCGACAGAAGUGGAAGCAGCUCCCCCGACUCCGAGAUCACGGAGCUCAAGUUUCCAUCGAUAAACCACGACUGAGGUGGGAACGGACGAUUCGUUGAGAGCCUUCGGACUUUGGUAGAGUUUACAGCUUUGAUUCUACACUUGGCUUUUGACACUUCCUUUAAAUUAUGUUUUUAUUAAGAUUAUUUUAUUACGGGGAAGGGUAUCUGGAAACCUUUGGCACGUGCAUGUCCCACCACGUGUGCCGGCCCCUCCGCACGCGCACUGCCUGUUGGUCGCGCGCUUCUUUGGCAGUCGAGCGUUGGGAUGAGAGGCCGACGCCCGGGCUGGCGGAGGACCCAUCACCGCCGUUUCUCCAACUACCUCGUGUCGCUGUGGAUCUGCACAGGGCCGUUCUGGCCGGGACCCGAGGGUGCUGCUUGCCACUGAGAGCAGGGGAGACUCAGAACCGCCCGGGGUUGGAGCGCGGACCGGUCCGUUUGGCGUCGCGUGAAGGAGAGUCUGUCUCUGAAGGCUGCCUUUACAUCUGCCCUUCCGCCAGGGCUGGGCGCUCCUUGCAUCAAGGGGUCACUCAGCAAGCACCAGGGAGCUGGGGAGACUGCGCUGUGGCCCCCGGCCACUCAGCGGUACUCGGGCACUGUUCUUCCAGGGCGAUGUGACUGUAGCUGGAACGCACCAGGAAAGCUAUUUUCUUAACGUGACGGGAUGGGGAGCCCAGCCGUGUGCCGCUGGCCGCCGGCUGGGCCUGGGGUAUGCUCUAACUUAAGAAAUAAAUCCCGUGGAGCAAGAGACAGCUUGGUUUGGUGUCUG